CUCCCGCAGCCCCGAGUUGCCGCCCGCCCGCGACUGCGUGGCCCGCCGCCCAGCGAGCGAGUCGCAGAGCCUCACCGACCGCCAUGUGGGGCUGCGGCUGGCUCAACGGGACAGGCAGGAGUGAGGAGCUGCCUGCCUGCCAGGACCUGCAGCUUGGGCUGUCUGUGCUGUCACUGCUCUGCCUGGCCGCAGGCGUCCCCGUCGGCCUCUGCUACAAUGGCCUGCUGGUGCUGGCCAACCUGCACAGCAAGAGCAGCAUGACCAUGCCAGACGUGUACUUUGUCAACAUGGCCGUGGCGGGCCUGGUCCUCAACGCUCUGGCCCCCGUGUGCCUCCUCGGCACCCCUGGCUCAGCAUGGGCCCCAUGGAGCGUCAGCAGUGAGGCACACAUCGCGCUGCUGAUCCCGUUCAACGUGUCCUCCCUGGUGGCCACAUACUCCACCACCCUGCUCAGCCUCGACCACUACAUCGAGCGCGCACUGCCACGGACCCACAUGGCCAGCGUGCACAACACCCGGCACGUGUGCGGCUUCAUCUGGGGCGGGGCCCUGCUGACCAGCUUCUCCUCACUGCUUUUCUACAUCUGCAGCCGCGUGUCCUCCCGGGUCCUGGAGUGCGCCAAGAUGCAGAGCGCAGAGGCCGCUGAUGCCAUCCUGGUGCUCAUUGGCUAUGUGGUGCCGGCACCGGCUGCCAUCUAUGGGCUGGUGCUCAUCUCGCGCAUCCAGAAGGCAGACACGCCGCUCGACCAGGAUGCGGGGAGGCUGGACCCCUCAGCACACAGGCUCCUGGUGGCCACGGUGUGCACGCAGUUUGGGCUCUGGACGCCUCACUACCUGACCCUCCUGGGGCACACGGUCCUGGUCUCUCGCGGGAAGCCAGUGGAUGCUCACUACGCAGGAAUAGUGCACCUCGCGAAGGAUUUAUCAAAAAUCUUGGCCUUCUCGAGUAGCUUUGUGAUGCCCCUUCUUUACCGCCACAUGAACAAAAGCUUCCCUAGCAAGCUUGGGCGGCUGAUGAAGAAGAUGCGCUGCGGGCGCCAGCACUGCGCCCCGGACCCCGCGGGGCUGCAGCAGGUGUUGACGUAGCUGGUCUGGGUCGGGUAGCUGAGCUCAAGGCCCUCACUGACUCCCUCCUGGGACACAAACUGAAGUUCCGAUGGAUGCGUGGCACUUUGGUACCCUGGUGCUCUCGCCUGUCCUCCCCAGAAAGAGAUGCACCAAGGCCAGAACAGCACAGGGUGUUUUUUUUUGAAGUUUUCUAUGUUUUUCCUAAAAGGCCACUCUUAGGCCAAGGCCGUGUUGUUCAAAGCAACAGGUGCCUGGUGUGAAGAAUCCGCUGCGUUCUUAUUAACGUACCUGCUUUCUCUUGGAGCUGACCCUAAGGUCCAGGCCCGCAGCCUCCUUGACACCGGGCUUUCAUGAAGUGAUGAGAAUCUAAAGCCACUAUUUAUACUGUGUUUGAAUUGUUAAAAUACUUGAUUCCUCCUCAUUUCUUUGGUGUCAUAGAAAAAUGACAAGUAUUAAAAUGAAGGAAACGCUACACAGGCAUGUUGGUAACCGACUGGGGCUGGCGGGUGGGCUGGGUUCUAGGAUGUGCCUUGGACACAUAUGUUCUUAACGUAGUCCCUGAAAAAUGUGCCUGAGCCACAGCAGGUUUUAAACUGGGAAUAAGUAAGUAGCACAACCACGACGCUCUCUCCUUACCCACCAAAUGUACUUGACAUGCCCAUGGUCCCCACAGAAACAUCACUUCAAAGUGUGCACAAAAUUAAAGAGUCUAAUAAACUCAAAGAAAAA